GUUUGAACAUUUGAGGCGUUUGAUUUGUCCAUUAAAAUUCUUCAAGAAAUACACGUGUAAGAUGCAAACGUUAGACAGAAAACGUAAAUUAGAUCAAAACAUCAUUCGGAAAUUAUAUCAUGGCGUCCCUUGUAAGGAUCCUACUCGCGAGAGCUUUCUGAAACGCCUCAAAACUUACAAUGUUUUUAAUUGGUCAGGAAAGCCAGUUGAUCCACCUCAGUGUGCUAGGCAAGGCUGGGAAAUUGCAGAAAAAGAUGUACUGAAAUGUGUGAUGUGUCACCAGUUUCUGAGUGUCACCCUUCCAUCACCAUCCAAGCAUCUCCCAUACAAAGAAGCAUGUUCAAAACUUAGAUCAAGAUUGGCUUCAGCUCAUUCAAAAUUCUGCCUGUAUUCCACCGACCCACUGCCUGAUUCUGUUUUGGAAAUCGACCAUUUAUCAAAUAUGGAGUUGCAAGAUACAAUUCAACAGCAAUUACUUGCUUUUAAAAAUAUUGAAGUUCUUUACCACAUAACGAGUUCAAAAGAAGAGGUUAUUGAAAUAUUUGAUUGGUUCAUGGAGACAUUCACAGUACCUGACAUUAACCUAUCCAGCUUUAUUUUGGUUCUUACUGGAUGGAAUUUUCUCAAAGAUGACAUGUUAUUGCAAUGUGAUUACUGCAAUAGGAAGUGGUCUAUAGAACCAUACUUAAUCCAGAAAAAUACAGUAGAAAAGAGUGAUUCGACAAGACCAACAGUAGACCCAGUUGGGCAACACCAGAGGUGGUGUGCAUGGAGAGCAGAAGAGCGAGGCUGGAAAUCUCGUCUCCUUCAAUUGCAACAACUUAAGGAAUCUCGAAGCCGUGAAAAGAGGAGUCGGCUCAACUCCAGUGUUUGCGGUUCGCUCCCUGACAACAUGAAAGCUGUUCGAAAGCUGUUGAAUGGCACCCUCUGACGCAUUUAUCACUCUGGUAAUAAUUUUUUAAUGACACAACACUGUUUCAAUUAUAGUUUCAAUACAAAAAAUUCAAUAUAAUUGUGAAAUAAGUAAUUAUAUUUAGUUUUCUGUAACAAAAACUUGAAUUUGCUAGAACAAAAAAUUGUGCAACCAAUCUUCUUAAUAAUCUACAUCUUGGAAAUUGGUUUACAGUUUUUUUGUGUUUAAAUAACGUUGAACAAUGAAAAAUUUUUUAGACAGAUGUAAAUUGCAGCAGAUGAGGUGGUGGAGUGUAGGAUCCCCACUGUAAAGAGGAAGAGCUCUGUCUGAGCCAAUCCUUGCCCGGGACAUUCUCUCCUCCCUGUUCAAGUUUCAUUUUAGUACAUAGAAAAAGCAGUAGAUGAAACAAGCAAAAGAAGGGCUACCAGUGGAAA